AUGGCACCCGCCAAUCAGCGACUUCCCCAGUUGGCCACUUCCUCCGCCCCCUCGUCUUCGGCCAAACGCGAUGUGAUCGGAUCCGCCAAGCAGUCCCCAGGCAAAGCGCUUGACGAGAGUCAGAGCAGCACUACUACUAUUAGCCGCCGCUCCGGGGUAUCUGUGGGUGUCAGUGUAUCUUCUGAUCAGGGAAACGGCUUUGAGCCGAAGCUAAGCCAGCAAAAUUCCACUGCUGAAUCUCGGCCCUUAGAUUCAUCCUCCAACAGCCCCCCAACUGGCCGUCCGCAUAAUCAAAGGCACGGCGCGGCUCGGGGAACACGCAGCGCGCGCCAGGAGAUCGUCUCCGCCUUUGAGUGGGAGGCGUUGAAGCUUGAACAGCGCAAGAAGUCGGGACUUGUUGCGCCUUCCGAGAGCAGUAAAGAGCCGUUGCUGACUCUUGAGCUGCCCGAGUCCCCGUUCCACGCGAUGUCGCGGAAUCGGCCUAGAGGUCCUCCUGUGCCUAGAGACAAUGGUCUCGCGGCGAAUGAGGAGACUGAUAUGUGGAACAAGAUUCUACAGGACCUACGCAAGGCCAAAGAGAAAAAUGACAAACAGAAAGCUGUGGCUGAAGAGAUCGCUGCAUUGAACGAACAGAUUGGUAGAGACGGUGGAAGGCCCACUCUCAGCGAGCAUAAUCAGCUGGACAGUCUAUAUCGCCAAAUGUCCAAGCUAUGCGAGGAAGAGAGAGCUAUUCUUCAAGACGAACCCAGUGACGUGAUCAAGAACCUGGGGUUAUUGACAGCGCUUCGUCAAGCGUCCGAAGCGGAAGCUCCAUUCAACCGCGCCGCUUCUCUGGUCAAGUCACGAAAGAAGAGAAGUGAUGUGGAUGGAUCAGCGACAGACUCGCCCGGUCCCUCUGGCCCGCCUGUAUCGGACAAAAUUGGCCGCAUCAAAGGCGUCCAACGUAGUACCAGCGCUUCCAGCCCCCAUACUCGUGACGGCCGCGAGAUUCGUGACAGUGUCAUGGUCAAAAUUGAAGAGACGGCGGAAAGCAUCAGAGGCACAAUUGCGGAGCGCAAUGGGCAGCUGGUCAUUGGUGCUGAAGUGGUUUUCAAACAUAACAAGAACAAACAAGGCGUUGAAGGCGAGGGGAUCCAGUGUAUCAUCAAGGGAAUCUCCGGUGACGGCCCUAAGAAGAGAUACGACGUCCAAGACCCCGAACCAAAUGAGAAUGGCGAACAAGGCGCUGUCUACAAGACCACAGCUGCAUCUCUGAUUCCUAUUCCGCAAGUUGGAUCCACACUGCCAGUUUUUUCUGCAGGGAAGCAAGUUCUAGCACGAUACCCUGACACGACUACAUUCUACCGUGCUGAAGUGAUGGGCACGAAAAAGGACACCUACCGCCUCAAAUUCGAGGGCGAGGAAGAUGACAAGGAAAUGGAGGUCGAUCGACGAUUUGUCCUAGACAUCCCAGGAAAAUGA